AUGGCAGCUCAUGAAUAUGUAUCUGGACGUGACACAAAAGGUGCGCAAAUAAACGUGCCCAACAGCGCGCCAGAACGAGGCCGGCACCGACUCCAUAUUGCUCUUCUGUUUAUGCGUUGCUCAGGAAAGGAGCUCACGACAAGGAAAGAUUUGUCACCGUUUCUGGAGUAUUUUCCACAGUUUGGUGCGCAUUCUACGCUACAGGACAUUCUCAUGCCGUGGCAAAUGGCGGAAACAAUGGCGAGACGGCCUCUGAAAGAUGCCGGCCUGUCCCACACACAGCGCGACAUCGGGGAGGACCGUUACACAGCCCUACGCAGGCCACGCAAGAUUCGCUUCUUCUCUAAUGGCGAUCGUUUCUUCAAGGGGAAGAAGGUGUACAUUACACCAAAUCGUUAUGUUACAUUUCAAGAUUUACUAGAUGAUUUGACGAAGAAAUUGCCAACACUCACAUCGCUGCCUUAUGGAGUGCGGCAGAUCUUCACACCAGGGGGCGGUAAAAAGAUUCGAGACAUCGAGGACUUAAAGGAUGGGGAGUCCUAUGUCUGUGGAGGAUUUGAGACUUUUAAACCAAUGAAAUAUGGGAAAGAAGACCUGAAGACAUGGCAUUCAGGUCGUACUCAAGCCAAAGAACAGAACAUAUACUCCCACUUUGGCUAUGACAACCCCGGGGUAUACUCACAUGGCGCCUUCCAGCCUAACCGCCUGCGGCAGACAUACCCCAGGGGACGGGUGGGCCCCCCUCCCGUCGGGUAUGGUGCUCAGGGAGGGUAUGCCCGGCCCAGUUAUCUGCUUCAGUCCCAUGACAAUGUGCCCAUGAAACCCAAAGUCAUCACUGUGGUAAGAUAUGGACCACCGGGACCCAGAACUACUGUCAGGAUUCUCCUCAACCGUCGCAGUGUCCAGUCUUAUGAACAGUUAAUGGGGGAUAUUGCUGAAUCUUUCGGAUCAAGAUGGCGGGGACAGCGCAUAGUCAAGUUGUAUUCUUUGCGGGGAAAGGAGGUGAAUGGUGUUUCGGAUUUUUUUCGGGACGAUGAUGUGUUCAUAGCGACGAGUCAAGAGAUGAUACCGCUCUCAGACGCCCAGGAUAUAAUUGAGGAGUAUUAUAAUGACAGACAAUCUGUACAGGAUCUUCUGGCAGGAUGGCAGAGGCAUCAUAAGAAAAAGAAACAUCGAAAUGUGAUUACAAAGUAUACAUAUAAUAAUAAUGAGGAGGACUUGAAACGAGACAGUGGAAUAGGAGAUAGUGACGAAAGUUAUAGGGAUGACGUUGACAAUCAAAAAGUGGAUGCUUCUUACACUGAUAAAGUGAAGAAGAAGUCACACAAUCGCCAUGAAAAAGAUAAUCAAAAUAGACAGAAAGAACUUCAAUUUAAAGUACAGGAGGAAAAGGCUAAGGCAGCUCAAGACGAACAAGAACGUGCCAGAAAAAGACUUCAAAAACGCAUUCAGGAUGAGCGUAAAAUUGCUGAGGAGGAAAGAAGAAAACAAAAUCAGGUAUUGUCUAAAAAGAAAGAGGAUCCAUUCAAAAAGAUGGAUGCUGAGCGAAGAGAAGCUCAGCGGUUAGAGCGCGAGCGAAAGAAAGCUCAGUUGAAAGAACCAGAGAUUCAGGAUGAUGAAGAGGAUGAUCCAAAAUGGCGGAGGUUAGAGUGGAGCCAGGAAGAAGAAAUGGAACGUCAUCAGCGGUCGCGUAAAGACAAGAAGACAGAAAGAGCUAGCAGGCAGAGUAAAAUUUCACCCCCUGCUGGCGACAAACCUGUUAGUGUUAGCCCCGGGAGAGAAAAACUAACUCCAAAAGUUGACGACAGUUCUAAGAAAACUUACGUCAGCCCUAGUCGAGCCACCCUGACUCCUCGAGUUGACAAUGACACUAAGCAGGAUGUCAGCCCCUCUCGCAGUAAUGUUGAAUCAAAAGUAGACCAAAAUGAGAGUACUAGACAAAGUAGGCAAAGUGUUCCACUCUCAACCUCAAAUAAAACAAAGGAGGACGAGAGAAAUGUCAGGGAACCGAUUAGUGAUGAUAGAACUAAUAGAGAGAUAAAUGAGAGUAGAGAACAAGCGAAUGCCAGUCCACAUAAAGGUGCUUCCUCUCCACAGGUGAAAAAACAGGACAAUAAGGAACAAGGUAAAAUGGACAGUAAGGAACAAGGUAAAACCAACAAUGUUGCAGGAGAUGUGGUGAAUAAUAACCAAUCCCCUGUUGUUGCCCCUAGCAGCGAGGCCAAACUCUCCCCCAUAGACAAUGCUAAAGUAGAUGGUGCUGAAAUCCAACAAAAACAACAACAGCAACAGCAGCAACAAACAAAAAAGAAAUCAAAAAGUAAUGUGAAAAAAGGAAGACUUGGUAUUCAGCUUCAAAAUGCUGAUCCUAUAUUUGAAAAAUACGAAGCAGGAAGGACUUUGGGUGAUGGCAACUUUGCGAUUGUAAAACAGUCAAAACUGAUCAAAUCAGGUCAGGAACACGCCAUGAAGAUCAUCGACAAGUCAAAGUUGAAGGGGAAGGAACACAUGGUGAUGAGUGAGAUCGAGGUGAUGAAGUUAUGCAGUCAUACCAAUAUUGUGAAGUUAUAUGAAGAGUACGAGACUCCAAAGGAAAUCUACCUCAUCAUGGAACUAGUGAAGGGUGGGGAUUUAUUUGAUGCCAUCACUCAGAGUGUCAAAUUCCCGGAACCUGAGGCAGCCAAGAUGGCGACAGAUGUAGCCCAAGCAUUGUUCUAUCUCCAUAGCAGACGUAUUGUCCACAGAGAUUUGAAGCCAGAAAAUUUACUGGUGAUGAGGAAUAAAGACAACAGUAUCAUGCUGAAGUUAGCUGAUUUUGGUCUAGCUAUGGAGGUGAAAGAACCCAUUUAUACCGUGUGUGGCACCCCAACUUAUGUAGCCCCAGAGAUUUUAACAGAGAUAGGCUAUGGGUUGGAGGUGGAUAUGUGGGCCCUGGGAGUUAUAACCUACAUCCUGUUGUGUGGAUUUCCGCCUUUUCGCAGUCCCGAUCGUAACCAAUCAGAACUGUUUGAGUACAUCAAGUCUGGCGAGUACGAGUUUCUCAGUCCCUACUGGGAUGGAAUAUCAUAUGCUGCUAAAGACAUGAUAGAACACUUGCUGGUGGUCAGUCGCAAGAGUCGCUACACCGCCAUCGAUGUCCUUACGCACCCUUGGAUUGUCACUGUGGGGGGAUCCGUGCCAAAACCAGAUAACUGGGAUGCAUAUCGCAGGAAUCUACGCAAACAGUACGAAGAUGAGGCCAAGAGAAAUCUGGAGAGUUUUCGUGAAAAGAAGUUGCAGCAUCAGUCUUGAGGACUGAAAAAUAUCCCUGAGGAUCUUUUUAAGGACUGAGGAUGAUACAAAACUCUUAUCUGCCAUUAUGAAAGUUUAUGUAGCUUUUUUUUUGUAAGUGGACAAAAGCGCAUUGAACUAACCCACCUAGGCUGUUUGCCAUUCAGUGUUAUGAACUGUGUUCUAUACUGUUUGAUCUGCUGUAAUAUUAAACUAUGCAAUACAUGAUGACAGUAAGGUGCUUUCAUGACCUUUGACAUUGUGACCUUUGUCCUUGUGACCCCUGAACUUGUGGCCAUGUGAUCUUUGAACUUACUGCUUGUUGCUAAUGGUUACUGCACACAAUGUGGGUUAGCCCCUCAACAUAAAAAAUAAGUUGCUAAAUGACCAUACAGAAAAAAAACAGUUUGCUAAUUACUUAUGUUUUAGUUUGUUUAUGGAUUGCUUGUCAUGUGACUCAGUGUAAAUUGACGCAAUCGAUGUGUUCAUAUAGACCAUUUUUACCCCUACGAUGCCAAGUGUUAAUCUGCUUGUCAAUUUUUGUGUGUAAUUUGAUGACAGAAGUAAAUUUUUUCCUAAGGUUGAGAUUGGAGUGUAUAUUUAUUUGCAUUGUCAUCAUUAAGAAUUUGUAUUAAUUAUUAAUGUAAGAUAAUAUUCUUAUACAAAUUCUGAUUCAAAUAUUUAUGGCAGCAGAGGCUGUGCUUAUUUUUCUAGUCCAAUAUUUGUACAUAUGAGAUAAGUCAAAUUGUAUAUAUUCAGAAAUGAGAUCAUUAAUUACCCUUUUAGGAAUGGGUUUUAUUUGCCAAAUACUGUGAAAAAACAUUUUUGUUUUCUUAUUUUGCCUUUAGUGGCAGUUGCCUUGCAAAUUUGAGAAAAAAUUGAGAAUUAAUGAAGAUUCCUUUGUAGUGUAUUGAAAACGAUAUGAUUGGUUCAGUUCAAGGUUUUUGCCCAUACUAGUAUUACUAAGUAUGUUUAACUUUUUAUAGUGCCUUCUUAUAAAUUUACUUCCCAAUUACAGGAUGCUUACUGGUGAACGAAUUUUAUUGGCCUUUGUACAUGCUAUGAGGUUUUAUGAUUUUCGUAUAAUUGAUGAGCUGUAUCCAGACCAGCACUUUCUUAUGAAAGUGCAUAAUAGCUCUUUUUUCAAGGCAGGGCCUUUUUUACUCCUACGUACAUCUUUUUAACUUACUGUAUUUGUCUCCUUAUCCUAUACCUUCAUGUUUUAUAUAAUUUUUUCUGCAGUUUUAUGCCUAACAAACCUAGAAAUUUUACUUGAAAUGGAUGUAAUAUAAAGUAAAUUUUUUUUUUUUUGCCAAUUUAAAAAAUUUACCAUGUUACCAGUUUUUAAUUAUUGAUUAGUUUGUGAAUAAGGCUAAUUAUUUUUACUCUAAGAGUAAGACAAAAUGACAAACUUUAUUAAAUUCAACAUGCAACUGUGUUGCAACAAACAUUUUUUGAUAAGUUAAAAAUAAUUU